UCCUCCACUCGCACCUCCAUCUUUAAACCCCAGAGAAAAAAAAGCUUCCGCUCAUCCGUAUACACACAAGAGUCUGCGGAUACAUCUACAUUAAUGCCACAUUAUUCCCGAAAUCAGCGUUUUAAGCCGUUUAGUUAGACUAGCUGAAACAUGACGCGUUUACGAAAGGCGUAUUAAGAGUAUUAAAGCUUUCAUUUCUACAUUGACAUCCAUAAAAACACAGGCGGAAAAGCAUCGCGAGCUGGUGGCCUUUAGCGAGAGGAAAACAGCGCUGAAUUGAACUGCGAAUCUCUGCUUCUUUUGUCUGUCGCUAUCUCUCUGGUUUUUCUUAUUUCCCCCUCGGUCGCCGGAGAUGAGUAGUGGAAGAUGUCGGUUUCGGGACUGAAGGCCGAGCUGAAGUUUCUGGAGUCCAUUUUCGACCCGAACCACGAGCGGUUCAGGAUCAUCGACUGGAAGCCGGAUGAGCUGAGCUGCCAGUUUAACGUUACCGGAGAGAAGCUGCUCAUUAUUCACUGCAAUAUCACGGAAUCCUACCCCUUAACACCCCCAAUAUGGUUUGUGGACUCCGAUGACCCCAGUCUGACUCAAGUGCUAGAACGUCUUGAGGAUGUUCGAAAAGGCAGUACGGUGCUUUUGCAGCAGUUAAAAAGGCUCAUCUGUGAUCUGUGCCGCCUCUAUAAUCUUCCCCAACACCCUGAUGUAGAGAUGCUGGACCAGCCGCUCCCCGCUGGACCCGUCAACCAUGACAGAAAGCUUGUAAACACAGAUGAGGUCACCUCAGAGGAGGAGGAUGAAGAAGACAUGGGAGAGCAGGACAUUGAGGAUCUCGAUCACUAUGACAUGAAGGAGGAGGAACCGGUGGAUGGCAAGAAAUCAGAGGAUGAUGGGAUUGAGAAGGAGAAUUUGGCCAUCCUGGAGAAGAUCCGGAAGAACCAGAGACAGGACCACUUGAAUGUAAGUGCUCAUUCGGGUGCAGUCUCAGGAUCUGUUCAAGCAUCAGAUCGUCUCAUGAAGGAGCUCAGGGAGAUCUACCGAUCUCAAAGUUACAAAAAUGGAAUCUACUCCGUGGAACUGGUCAGUGACAGCCUGUACGAGUGGCAUGUAAAAUUAAGAACGGUGGAUCCAGACAGUCCUCUGCACAGUGACCUCCAGGUGCUGAAAGAAAAGGAAGGAAUGGACUACAUCCUCCUCAACUUCUCAUACAAAGAUAAUUUUCCCUUCGAUCCCCCUUUUGUACGUGUAGUUUCUCCUGUGCUAUCUGGAGGUUAUGUACUUGGUGGAGGAGCUUUGUGUAUGGAGCUACUCACAAAACAGGGCUGGAGCAGUGCCUAUUCCAUAGAGUCUGUUAUCAUGCAGAUAAACGCCACUUUAGUCAAAGGAAAAGCAAGAGUGCAGUUCGGAGCCAAUAAGAAUCAGUACAAUCUUGCCAGAGCACAGCAGUCAUAUAAAUCACUGGUGCAAAUCCAUGAAAAGAAUGGCUGGUACACACCACCAAAAGAAGAUGGGUAAACCGGGCACCGUGGAUUCAAAUAUGGACAGAAUAUCCUGGGGUGAACAUCAUCAUUUUCUUUCUUCUAUCCCACUCAUUCAUCUUGCUAAUUGAAGACAUUAUGUGAAUAAUGAAGAAUGUGAGAUCUGAUCUGAAGAAGCCACCUUAUCACCUCACGUCUAUACGCUGGUCUCUUCAAACAGUACGUGCGCCCUCUCUUUCUCUCUGCCUCCCAUCCAUUUUCAGCGGGAUAUUCAAAUUGAAAAGGGUUUUUUUUUGGUCACGUUUGACCCACCUGGGAAGCCUGUGCUAUGUGACCUCUCGUUCCAUUCAGAUGCAGAUGUGUUUCAUGAUUCCAGAAGAGAGGCGUGAACCUCCGACACAGAGUGAUGGAGAUUUCCACUUUACUAUAGGCUGUUCUGCAGUUACUAAUUCGAAUCAUCGAAACAAACUUUUCGUUUCCUCCUCGAUUCAUUUCUUUUCUGUUAUUACUGGCCAUAUACUGAAGAAAGCUGGACUUUAUCACUGUAGUCGAAUUAUCUCGUAAGUAAACCUGUAAAGAUGUUUGCAAGAAUGAGCAGAAUUGUUGAACAUUUAAAAUCGACCCCAGUUGGGUGGCCUGAACUUUAAACGUGCCACCUACAGCCGACAAAUAUACCUGAAAAUAUAUCAUAAAUAGAAGGAAACAAAUGGCAUAAUGGAAAGUCUCACGGAGCUCAAAUGAAAUACCUGUCACACAUUUAUGUAUGCAUUAUGACUACUGCUGUUUUGUUUUGUUUGCGAAUGAAAGUGAAUGUGUAUGGCUGUGCUGUUAUGGUAAAGUCAAAGAUCAUUCCUGGAUAUUCUGCUGCCAGAGUUUAUUAACAGUCCCGUAAUGCCACCCUGUGAUGCCAGUAUACUCCCGGGCACAAAGUUAAAAUAUCAAACUCAUCGUCGAAAAUAAAUUCUUAUAACAAACAUCUCAUUAUAGUGGAAAUAAAAACAAGCAGGUUUUUACAACUCUUGUUUUCUAAGUUGGUGAAAGCCCCAUUACAGUGUCUAUGGGGAAACCUGGGGGUAACCAAAAAUGCCUUAAAAGGAGGAAAUUAAUAAGCAGAAUAUAACUAGUUUUUGGCAAGCCCUGAGUUCAUUCCGCUGUGUUCAUCCACGCCUUUAUCUCUAGUAUUCCCAUUUAGCACCAGAUUCUCAUCAAAACAGUUUUCAGAAAUCUUAAGGACUUGUAAGAGAUGUAGUAUGAAUGUUUCAAGCCCUUCAUUGGUGUUAAUAUCUUUAUGCAAUUCAAAAGCAGUUUGUUUAUAGGCAAAAAAAGCUUUCACAGUCUGUUGGCUUGUUCUGUUUGUUGGUUCUACAUCUUUUUCUUAAGUGUAAUAAACGUGGCACUGUUUUGUGCUUGCCUUUACCGCGUCCUGUUUGGCAAAGCUGUUGUAUGUACCGGGGGUUGUUCGGUUGUGCCCAUACAACUGUACUUUACAGGACAACAUGAGCCAAUUUUGACAUUCAAUGGAAUUCUGACAUCAAGCCAUAGUUUGAAUCUGAACAUUAUGUCCAAACAUCACAGUAUCCUGUCACACGUCUCAUUCUGGUGUAACUGAGCACGGAUGCCAGAGCUUCAAAAUCCACAUUAUUAUAUCGCCUUGAGGUUUUUUCAAGAAUUCGACGAGUGUUGCAAAUGGGGAAAAUAUUUUUAAAGCUGAUUCCGAUCAGGUCUUAGGGUUUGACAGAUGCAUUUCUCCUCUCGAGUAAGUUGUACAGUUAUCGCAAGCGUCCUACAGUCUAGCUAUGAUCGACAUGAUGGUUUUUUGGUUAAUAAUGGUUUGAGAUCCUGGUAUCCUCCACAGUGUAUGAAGUGGGUGGGAGGGGUUGAAUGAGUUAUGCGCUGUUAGCAUGCUUUGGUUUUGUUGCGUUUUAUUGUUUUUCCAUUGUAAGUGUAAUUUUGACCAUGUACAGUACAAUUUGUAAACUUGCAUCAAGUUUAUGAAUAAAGAAUUUUAAGAAAUA